AUGGCUGGUAACUUUGUUAAAAGUGAAGACAAUGUGUUUGAGGAAAUUGAAGUUGACGAAGAAGAAAAUGAGGAGGUACAAGCAAUAUCCGUAGCAGAUAAAGCACCCACAGCACAUAAAAGGAUCAAAGUUUAUACUUCACAAUCUACAACUCCUGAUCAAAGGCGAGUGCUUCUCUUUAAUGUUGGUGAACCAUUUGAAGUAUCAAUGAAUAAAUUCAAUAGUGAAUGGUGGCCACUUGUUACAAAUGUGUGGACAAGGUUCAGUUAUAAAAACCACACCAAUG